UCUUACAUGCAAACAGACCCCUGGACAUGGAGUGACCACCACUACAUACAGGAUUUCAUAAACCACAGACUUGCAGUCGGGUUCACGCUGUGCUUGUGGGAGUGGUGGGAGAACGCGUCAGAGGGAGGUUUCAGCGUGUUGGGGCAAGAUACACCGCCUCUCUUUUGCCUUUACUUCAACAUGAGUGUUUAAGGAAACCGUGGAGUGCCUCUGAUUGCUGACAUUUUGACUUAUUCUCACUUUUAUCUUCAUAAUGGAUCAUGUGCCAAGAGUCUAAACGAGAAUGCAGGACAGCUGGGAUUCACAGACAAACUCAGCGAGCGAGCUCAAUGAUAAAUACACAUCUCAAGAUGAACGAAAAGCAGUGCAGAAGAGAACCUUCACCAGGUGGAUGAAUGUGUUUCUGCAGAGACGGGACCCUCCUAUUGAAGUGCACGACCUGUUCACAGACAUUCAGGAUGGCAAAAUACUCAUGGGCCUGCUGGAGGAGCUGUCUGGGUGCAGACUACUUUAUAGGUUUAGGUCUUCCUCUCAUCGCAUCUUCAGACUGAACAACAUUUCCAAGGCCUUGGUCUUUCUGGAUGACAGACAUGUAAAGCUGCUUGGCAUUGAUGCUUCUGGAAUUGCUGAUGGUAAACCAUCUGUUGUUCUUCACCUUGUUUGGAGCAUCAUCUUGCACUUUCAGGUAAAGGAGGUGAUGGGAGGCCUCCAGAAGCAUUUGUCUUCCAGCCUUUCCGCCUUGUCAAUGAGCAGUUAUCCAUCCUCUAAUGACCUCUCACCCCAGCCAAGUGACCCUGGCACAUACUCUUGCAGCACUCUGCCAAGUAAAGGCAGGAAGGCUGGCAGGGAAGCAAAGUAUCAUGGGAAAGCAAUCAAGGUGCUCCUGCAAUGGGUCCAAAGAUGCACAUCAAAGUACGGGGUGGACGUGAAGGACUUUGGGAAGAGCUGGAGGAGCGGCUUGGCAUUUCUUGCUUUGGUUAAGUCCAUAAACCCAGUCAUGGUUGACCUGAGGGAAAGCUUUCAUCGAGAUCCAGUGGAAAACAUCCGGCAGGCUUUCAUGAUAGCCCAUCACAGCUUGGAUGUACCGCCACUGCUGGAGCCUGAAGAUGUGACGUGCACUUCACCAGACGAGCAGUCCAUCAUCACCUACGUCUCCAUGUUCCCAAAGUGUCACUCAGGCAUAGAUGAGGCUCCCACACCAGAUAUUGACGUUCCCGAGAUUCCCAGUUUUGGAUCACUUGAGUCAGUCAGCUUUGAAGAGACUGACGCUGAUGUUCCAGAAGUCCAGGUGUUGCUGAAAGGCUUGGAGAAGAGCAGCGAGCAGCUUCUGUGGAAGCGUUGGUCUUGGAGAUCUUCAGGAAGUCCCCGCUCUCCGUCCUUUCACACAAAUGGAACAGCUACCUCCGACCAGCCUGCUGGGACUGCUUCAGACUCACAUUACAAAAAAAGGAAAGGCAGUGCACGAAGCACUUUACAGCCACCCAGUCCUCUGGAUGCUGGCAUAGUCAGCCAGGAGGUCCAGCUGUGGUUGGACAGUGGACUGGAUCAAGGCUACGACAAGCGACGAGCACAAAGCUGCUAUUCUUUAAGCUCCGAGGAAGGAAUCUACAGCUUACCAUCGCUGGAUUCAGAUGAGGAGGAUGCAUAUAGCUACAUCCUAGAGCUGAAUAAAGAUGUGUUUCAACCAUAUAAUCAGCUGAAAAGACAAGUACCAAAGGUCAAAGAGGAAACAGCAGAGGAAAUGAAAGAAGAAUCCAAAUAUCAGGAAGGCUCCUUUUUACAAAAGGCUGAUUUUGAGCUUGAAUCAGCCCAGUCAGCGGUGCACAGGAAGUUUGAUUUUGACAAAAAUGAAAGAAAUCUCAGCAAAAUGACACACGGUGGAGCAGCGCUUGACUUUAAGCCAGAGGGUGAAAGUAGAAGCACAGAGGAGCAUGAAGAGCAGCGGGCUAAUAGAGGACAGAGCAAUGAUGAUGGUGAUUAUUGUGAGGAAGAAAGGGGGAAAAAGAUGGAAAAUGCAAAAAUGUUCAAGAAUGGGGUCGACAAAACAGAGGACAAUGCAGCAGAAGCAACUGUUGAAGUGGCCCGUUGGCAGGAAGACACCGAGGACGGAAGAGAUGCAGAGCUUUCCAAAAAACGUGGACAGGUGGGAGGGCAGGAUGUAGGGAAUGCAAGCCAAGAUGCUGCUGUGAUGAAAGAAGAUGGGAAGAGCCAGAAAAGCACAAAUUCAGAAAGUUUUAAGGGUGAAGUAAAUGGAAAAAUAAUAACUGAUGAGGCUGCCUGUGAAGUCAGAAGUGACACAGAAGAAGAAAGUGGCAGGAAGUGUAAAGAAGAAAAAGUGAGAGACACUGAUGAAGUUAAAUCAGCAGCUGGAGAGGAGAUGACGACAACAACGACAGAGCACGAUGGGGAGGAGAGUCCCAGAACACGCCCACUCGGAGGUGUCUGGCCUCCUGCCUGCAGGUCAACCCCUCGGUCACCCAGCAGUGACGAAGGAUCCCUUCUUCAGCCUUCAGCAGCCUCUUGUGGAGUGACCCUGUCAGAGCUGGAAAUGCUCUUGGUCUGGUGGGUCCUGCUGUACUGCUGCCUCAUCCUCAGUCAGAUGAACCUCUGAGUCACUGCAGCACAAGCUUCUUAUUCCGACAUGCUCAUGAGCCCAGUUGCCACUAAUGAGGCAAACAGGGACACAUAAGGCUGGACCGACUCUUCAUCUGUGACACAGUUUCCUAAAGACGCCAUUUAAGCAGAUCCACAGAAUAAUCUGAUAAGACUCAGGGCCGUAGUUUCAGAUAAAGCUAAAUCCUGUAAUCCCCGUUGUUACACAGGCUUUCAGCUGCUCGGUCUUGCACCGCACUUAUUAUCAGAAAUGGUUUGGGGGCUUUUUUUUUUUUUUUUUGCUGAACACAUGUCCAAAAAUUGAUUUUCCUAGUAAAAAGACUCCUUUUUGAAAUUCACUUGACAAAAUCAACCACACGGUGGCACUGCAGCAUCGCAGCGACCUUCUUAUUUGUCUAUACAGCAUUCUGUUGCCUGCUGAAGAUCCCGUGUGACCUGCUGUUUAAUUAGAAGCUGUAUUGACAAGUGAAGAUUAAGCUGAUAAUACUUAAUGAGCACUUUGGCAUUUCACAGACUCUCACUGUGUCACUUAUGGCUUACACUGUGGACCGCUUUAUUGUCUUCAUCUCGGAUGCUGCCCGAGUUCAAGCUUAUUUUUACCACAGGCUUUCUCCAGGAUAAUUUUUGUGACCAUCUGAUACAAACAAUAAACCAGCUGCUUGA